CUAUUUUUCUUUCUUGGCACAAACCUCAUCCGCUCAUUGACAAUCUUGUCUAUCUCCUCAACUUCCAUUCCAAGACCCAAACAACAUCGGCUUCUUCCUCUUCAUUCACCUUCUUUUUCUCCAUCUCUCAUUGAUAUGUAAUCAAGCAAAUGCAGAGAAGAGCUCUCGCGUAUGCUUCUGGGUUCUCUCGUCUUGUGAGACUCGGCUAACAAUGGAGGAAGGAAUGCCAGGUAUCAAGGAGACAAAAAGCCCAGCGUAUAAAAAUACUCUCAUUUCACUAGCGUUUGUUUCCCCGCUGACGGAGACGCUAGGCAUACUCCCUACCAACCAAGUCCUUAAGCGAAAUCAACUGUUGAUUGUGUCAAUAAAAAGCCUUAGCCGUUCAGAUCCCACAAACGGACGGCUCACAACCAGUCAAAACAAAAGAUUCAACACUUUCAUUACCAAAAUCAGAGAUUGAUUUGAACCAAAGAGAGAAGGAAAUGGGGAAAGAUGUAGCAGCAGCACAUCCAAUGAACAGUGAAGGCAGUCACAGCUAUACCAACAACUCCUCUUUUCAGAGAGGAGCUACAGAUGACACAAAGGAACUUAUCAAAACAAUGAUAAUGGACAAGCUUGACCUUGACAACUUUUCCAUGGCAAACACUUUCAGUAUAGCAGAUUUGGGUUGCUCUGUUGGGCCUAAUACAUUCAUUGCAGUGGAAAACAUACUUGAAGCUGUAGAGGUCAAGUAUGAAAGCCAAGGACUUGAGAGUCCUGAAUUUCAAGUCUUUCUCAACGAUCAUACUGAAAAUGAUUUCAAUAAGCUCUUCAAAUCUCUCCCUCCUAGUAGGAAAUACUGCGCGAUGGGAGUACCGGGUUCUUUCUAUGGUCGAUUAUUUCCUACUUCAUCUCUUCACUUUGUGUACACUUACUAUGCCCUCAAUUGGCUCUCUAGUGUUCCUAAAUCGGUGUCUGACAAAAGCUCUCCGGCUUGGAACAAAGGGAGGAUCAGUCAUUGUAAUGCUGGAGAUGAAGUUGUUGAGGCUUAUUCAGCUCAAUUUGAACAAGACAUGGAGACUUUCUUCAAAGCAAGAGCACAAGAAAUUGUCCAUGGUGGGUUGAUGACGAUUUUCGCUCCGGCCCGUCCUAACGGAAAAACUACUCAUUCUGAAUCUUCUGUCAAUUUGUGCUUCUAUCUUCUUGGAUGUUGUCUAAUGGACAUGGCUCAAAAGGGAUUGAUCGAUGAGGAGAAGGUGGAUUCCUUUAACUUACCUGUAUAUGCAGCAUCCUGUGAAGAAAUGAAAGCAGCAGUGGAACGAAAUGGGAGUUUUAGCAUAGAAGCAAUGGAGCUUCUACCUCAAAGAAAGCCUAUAAAUGGUAGCAAUCUUUUGUUUGCUGCUGCCAGAAUGAUUUCCGCUCACACCAGGGCCUCUCUGGAGGGACUCUUGAAGGAACACUUUGGAGAUGACAUCUGCUUAGACGAUCUUUUCGACAUGCAUGCUAAGAAAAUUCAAGACUCCUUCUCCUUCAAUCGAACUUUAUUAUUCAUUUUGCUUAAACGCAAGUGAAAGUUGCCAAUAUUGAAGUUGUAUGUGUUGUUGAUGAUGGACUUUCUGUUAAUGUCCAUUCAUAUUGGAAUAAUAUGUACGUGAGAUAAUUUUCUUUUCAGAGAGAAUGUAUUUAUGGGAAAACAAUUUCCAAGAAAUAAUAAAUAUCAAUGAUUUUGAAUAUGAUGCUGUA